GAGGAGCCAGGAAGAAGGGGCGGAGCCUGUGCUUGGGUCAACCAAUGGCUUGCGUUCAGGAGCAACCGGGGUACGGGGCGUGUUGGGGCUGAUUCUCCGGCUGUGUGGGGCGCACGGUCCCGGGAUACUGGGAACGGCGGGGUGGGAGGGCGCCGUCCUGGGGCCGCGGUGGCCGGGCGGGAGAGAUGGCGGCGCGAUGGAGCAGCGAGAACGUGGUUGUAGAGUUUCGUGACUCCCAGGCAACUGCGAUGUCUGUGGACUGUCUUGGGCAGCAUGCAGUGCUUUCUGGCCGCAGAUUCUUGUACAUCGUCAAUCUGGAUGCCCCUUUCGAAGGUCACCGAAAGAUCUCUCGCCAGAGCAAAUGGGACAUUGGAGCUGUGCAGUGGAAUCCUCAUGACAGCUUUGCACACUAUUUUGCAGCUUCGAGCAACCAACGGUCCCCUCGGGAAGAACGAAAUGAUGAUCCAUCCCUUCUUGCCGUGGGCUUGCACCGUCUGUGUCUACACCAGCCCCCCGCGGUGGUCAGCGGCCACUGGAGACUCGAUGUGCUAGUGCUUCGGACCUGGACUCUGAAAUUUUUUUCUUUUCUUUGUUCUGUUUAUUCUUUGUGUCCCAGCGACUUGGACUGGGCAGUGUUUGAGCCUGACCUCCUGGUUACCAGCUCUGUGGACACCUACAUCUACAUUUGGGAUAUCAAAGACACAAGGAAACCUACUGUUGCACUAUCUGCUGUUGCGGGUGCCUCCCAGGUCAAAUGGAAUAAAAAAAAUGCUAACUGCCUUGCCACCAGCCAUGACGGUGAUGUGCGGAUAUGGGAUAAGAGGAAACCCAGUACAGCAGUGGAAUAUCUAGCCGCCCACCUCUCCAAAAUCCAUGGCCUGGACUGGCACCCAGACAGCGAGCACAUUCUUGCUACCUCCAGUCAAGACAAUUCUGUGAAGCCUUUCAGCAAUGGAUUGGUGACCGUGAUGGUUCCCCAGCUGCGGAGGGAAAACAGCCUUCUCCUGUGGAAUGUCUUUGACUUGAACACCCCAGUCCACACCUUCGUGGGGCAUGAUGAUGUGGUGCUGGAGUUCCAGUGGAGGAAACAGAAGGAAGGGUCCAAGGACUAUCAACUGGUGACGUGGUCCCGGGAUCAGACCUUGAGAAUGUGGCGGGUAGAUUCCCAGAUGCAGAGGCUUUGUGCAAAUGACAUAUUAGAUGGUGUCGAUGAGUUCAUUGAGAGUAUUUCCCUUCUGCCGGAACCCGAGAAGACCCUGCACACUGAAGAUACAGAUCACCAGCACAAUGCAAGCCAUGGGGAGGAAGAAGCCCUAAAGGAAGAUCCCCCUAGAAAUCUCCUGGAAGAGAGGAAGUCAGAUCAAUUGGGGCUGCCUCAGACCUUGCAGCAGGAAUUCUCCCUGAUCAAUGUACAAAUCCGGAAUGUCAAUGUGGAGAUGGAUGCGGCAGACAGGAGCUGCACAGUGUCCGUGCACUGCAGCAACCAUCGCGUCAAGAUGCUGGUGAAGUUCCCUGCUCAGUAUCCAAACAACGCCGCCCCUUCCUUCCAGUUUAUUAACCCCACAACCAUCACGUCCACCAUGAAAGCUAAGCUGCUAAAGAUCCUGAAGGACACGGCCCUGCAGAAAGUGAAGCGCGGCCAGAGCUGCCUGGAGCCCUGCCUGCGCCAGCUCGUCUCCUGCCUCGAGUCCUUUGUGAACCAGGAAGACAGCGCUUCCAGCAAUCCGUUUGCACUCCCCAACUCUGUCACACCCCCGUUACCGACUUUUGCUCGUGUGACCACAGCCUAUGGGUCGUACCAGGAUGCCAACAUUCCCUUUCCUAGGACUUCUGGGGCCAGGUUCUGUGGAGCAGGUUACCUGGUGUAUUUCACAAGGCCCAUGACGAUGCAUCGGGCGGUGUCUCCCACAGAGCCUACUCCGAGAUCUCUCUCAGCCUUGUCCGCUUAUCACACUGGCUUGAUCGCGCCCAUGAAGAUCCGCACAGAGGCCCCUGGGAACCUUCGUUUAUACAGUGGUAGCCCCACUCGCAGCGAGAAAGAGCAGGUCUCCAUCAGCUCCUUCUACUACAAGGAGCGGAAAUCAAGGCGAUGGAAAAGUAAGCGUGAGGGAUCGGACUCUGGCAAUCGACAGAUCAAGGCUGCUGGGAAAGUCAUCAUCCAGGAUGUUGCGUGCCUCCUGCCUGUUCACAAAUCGCUGGGAGAACUGUACAUACUGAAUGUGAAUGAUAUUCAGGAAACGUGUCAGAAGAAUGGCGCUUCUGCCUUGCUUGUUGGAAGAAAGGAUCUUGUCCAGGUUUGGUCGCUGGCUACGGUAGCUACAGAUCUUUGCCUUGGUCCGAAAUCUGACCCAGAUUUGGAAACACCCUGGGCUCGACAUCCAUUUGGGCGGCAGCUGCUGGAGUCCCUGUUGGCUCACUAUUGCCGGCUCCGGGAUGUCCAGACACUGGCAAUGCUCUGUAGCGUGUUCGAAGCCCAGUCUCGGCCUCAGGGGAUACCAAACCCCUUUGGGCCUUUUCCCAACCGUUCUUCUAAUCUUGUGGUGUCCCAUAGUCGAUAUGUAAGUUUGUCCUUUUCUGGUUUUCCUAGCUUUUACCUCUUCUGGUUCGUGCUGCCAGUAUGUCAGACACCAGGGCUCAGCGAUCGCGGUCUGGAACAUGAAAUCUUUUUCACUUUCUCCAGGCUCCUGGACCCCGCCAACACCCAGCAAUUUGAUGACUUCAAGAAAUGCUAUGGGGAAAUCCUCUACCGUUGGGGUCUGAGAGAGAAGCGAGCCGAAGUGUUGAAGUUUGUCUCCUGUCCUCCUGACCCUCACAAAGGGAUCGAGUUCGGCGUGUACUGCAGCCACUGCCGGAGUGAGGUCCGUGGCACGCAGUGUGCCAUCUGCAAAGGCUUCACGUUCCAGUGUGCUAUCUGCCAUGUGGCUGUGCGGGGAUCGUCCAAUUUCUGCCUGACCUGUGGGCACGGUGGCCACACCAGCCACAUGAUGGAGUGGUUUCGGACCCAGGAGGUGUGUCCCACUGGGUGUGGGUGCCACUGCCUGCUUGAAAGCACUUUCUGAACCUACAGACCACGGGUGUUGUCUGAAAUCCCAGAUGACCCAUAAAUGCCCCUGACAAGCUGUCUGUCAGGGGAGAGGCUCCAGAACCUCAAUUCGUCCCCAGUGAGACGGGAGGAUGGUCCCCCCAGGACUGUGCAGUGUCAGCUCUUGGUGGGCCUCUGCCUUCUCUUCUGUUUGGCUACCUGACGUGGAUGUCACCGUGGGAAGAUGAGGGCGGAAGUGCAGAGCUGAGCUUGUAUGUUGUCUCUGUCGGCUGAGCUGCCAAGGGGGAGGUUUUCAUGGAGAACAGCACCUGGCUCCAGGGCCGAUGUUACCCUGUAAGAUGUUAGCCUUAAACCGCCGAGCGGUGUUCUCCUGAAGCCAAUGGAGAGACCAGAGUCAGAUGGAAAAGACAGUCUCCUGAGCCCGAGGACAGUGGGGUCGGAAUUGAAUCAACAAAUGGGCUUAUGGCAUUGUGACUUUAGAAGCUGGUACAUUUACUGAGCUGAUGGACAGUGGCCUUCUAAAAUAUGACACUUAAAUUGUAAAUAUGCACUGUACUUAAGGAUUCUUAAGAUGUAUUUUUUUGUUUGUUAUUUCUCCUCCAGCUGCUAUCCCUUGGCUAAUAAAAUUCUAGUAAUU